GGGUGCAGAUGUCCCCGGAGGUGACGGUGACGGUGCGGUUGGUUCGAUCCUUCGAGUAUCGGAAUUUCCGCCCGGUUGUCUAUCACGGCGUGGACUUGGAGCAGACGGCGCAGCAAUUCUUAGAUUACCUAAAGAAAGACAUCGCUGUGCGGGACGGACUGCCGCCUCCAUUUAGGAAGUACAUGUACGAUACCAUGAAGAUCAUCCACCAGGCACAUGGAGCCAAGACCAAUGAGCUGGUGGUGGGUCUGGAGGAUGACGAUAAAUUGAUCCUGCGGAGUGGACAGACCCUGCGGGAGGCCGGUGUAGGUGAGAUCUGA